CCGGCGGGUCGGCGGGGUUUUCAAAGGUCUUACUGGGUGAUUGUUAGACCUGGGGCCCAGUCGUCCCUGACCCUCCUAGGGACCCCUGCUUCUUGGGCCGGAGCUGCCCGCAGGCCAGGACCCUAGCUCGCCGCGCCGCCCUCCCGCGGCCCCCUUGAUGCGCAGAGCCGAGGCGGGAAGGACUCUGCAGCUCCGGACCCCUCGGCGUGUUCAGCGGGCGCUGGAAGGCCUGCUGAGGGCCAGCUCGCUGCUUUCGCAGGGCUCGUGUCCGGGAAGGGAAGACGAGGGAACACGGACAUCCGGGACUCGCGGUGGGCCGCAGAGGGGUCCGGGUCGAGUCCGCGCCAUCUCUGCGGAGACCGGACGAGAAGUGAUCUGGGGGAAGGUCACUCAGAGCAACAGGAGCGGCCGGUUCCAAGACGGGGAUGGCCGCGGUGGGCGAGAGAAACACGUCCCUGCAGCUCCACGAAGGCGGAGAGUGCGGAGGGUCAGGGUGAAGGCAAAGCCUGACCGUGCGCCGCAGCGUCCCGGGUGUGCAGCUCAGAGGCGGGGCGGCCUGGCCUGUGUCCUCUUCCGAAAGGCAGCGAGAUGGACGUCCCGGGGUCCGCGCGCUGUCGGGAGCGCUCCACGGCACGGCGCGUCGGCAUGCACCGUGCAGCAAGCCCCUGUGGGCCGUCGGCCCCGCGCCAGGCCCACUCCCGGUGCGCCUACUCUCGGUGCGCGCACUCCCGGUGCCGAGUGCGGCGGCGGGAAGCCCUGGCUCCUCCUGUCCCCGCACGCGCACCCCCGUCUGGCUUCGUUUUCUUGCGGAACGCGUCACCCCUGCAUCUUCGGCAGCGCUCGCCGGGGCCGGCACUGGCCUCCACCUAGUCCCACAAGCAGCGGCCGCGGCCUCGAAGCGCACCGCAGCCUGGGCGGGGGCGAGCGCCCGCGGCCACCCGUUCCAGCCUCCCUCUCGGCGGAGGGGCCCGGAGCGCUCGCGGCUCAGAGUCCCGCCGCUGUGGAGGAGAUUCUAGACCGGGAGAAUAAGCGGAUGGCCGACAGCUUGGCGUCCAAGGUCACCAGGCUCAAAUCGCUGGCCCUGGACAUGGAUAGGGAUGCAGAAGACCAGAACCGGUACCUGGACAGCAUGGACUCGGAUUUCACAAGCAUGACAGGGCUGCUCACGGGGAGCGUGAAGCGCUUUUCCACAAUGGCGAGGUCUGGGCGAGACAACCGGAAGCUUCUGUGUGGUAUGGCCGCGGGCCUCAUCGUGGCCUUCUUCAUCCUCUCCUAUCUCCUGUCAAGGACAAGGACUUGAGCCACGAGGAGCUGACUUCUGUGCGUGCCUGGGGCAACCAGGGCCUUCCCCUGCCUGGUGUCCUAGGCUCCAGAGGACCCACCUACAAAAUACUCCUUUGAAAUGA